GCAAGACAAAUAGGAAAAGUUCAAUAGAUUUUUUUCAAACUGUUGAAUAUUUACAUGCGAGUCCAACAAAAUACAACCAAUUGAUUGGUCUAUUUCAAAUCAAAAUUAUUGCUCCACAAUUUAUAGCUUUAUUAAGUAAUUAAUCAAUCAUUUUCUCUGCUGAAAAUCCAUUCCCAGUUGCCAACACGAUCAUCUGUUUCAGGAAAAAUGUCUGAGGGAGAGAUACCGGUGAACGGUUUCGAUCGAGAAAACAAUGAAAAUUCUGAUUUAUUGCUGGAAAAGGUUGAUCCUGCAACUCCUGCUUCACUAACCUGGCAGCGAAAGCUACAUAACGAGGAUAUUGAACUUAAACAAUUCAGUUUAAGUUUUCAGGAGAAGUUUCAAAUGGCUCCUCUAGGUAUACGGCUGUUGCGUCUUAUCCGAGAAGAAUCUGCCAAGGGAAAGACAGGCAUUAUCAAUCCAUUUGCUAAGCGCUUUAUAACAUCUUCUCAUGGCGUUCCACUAGGUGGUAUUGGCUCUGGAAGCAUUGGAAGAAGUUACAAAGGUGAAUUCCAGCGGUUGCAACUAUUCCCUAGAAUAUGUGAAGAAAAACCUGUUUUAGCAAAUCAAUUUUCUGUCUUUGUUUCACGCUCAAGUGGCGAGAAGUACUCUAGUGUACUGUGCCCAGGGAACCCUGAAGUGCUUAAGGAACCUGCAGAUUCUGGAAUUGGAUCUUGGGACUGGAAUCUUAAGGGAGAUAAUACUACAUAUCAUGCUUUGUACCCAAGGGCAUGGACCGUAUAUGAGGGUGAACCUGAUCCAGACCUUAAAAUAGUUUGUCGUCAAAUUUCACCUAUUAUUCCGCAUAACUAUAAAGAAAGCAGCUACCCUGUCUCCGUUUUCACUUACACGCUCUAUAAUAAUGCUAAGACUACUGCAAAUGUCUCCUUGCUUUUUACAUGGGCGAAUUCCGUUGGAGGGAAUUCUGGAUUUUCUGGUCAGCACUUCAAUUCUACAACAAUGAUGGAGGAUGAUGUGCAUGGUGUUCUUCUACAUCACAAGACAGCAGAUGGGUUUCCUCCUGUGACUUUUGCUAUUGCUGCACAGGGGACCGAUGGUGUUCAUGUCUCCAAAUGCCCGCGCUUUGUUAUAUCUGGGAACUCCCAAGGCAUAACAGCAAAAGACAUGUGGGAUGAAAUAAAGGAGCAUGGAUCCUUUGACAACCUUAAGUCCUCUGGAACAUCAGUGCCUUCAGAACCGGGAUCAUCUAUUGGGGCAGCCAUUGCAGCCUCUGUGACUAUUCCACCAGAUUCAGUACAAAGUGUUACAUUUUCAUUAUCAUGGGACUGCCCUGAAGUAAACUUCAUUGUGGGCAGGACUUAUCACAGACGUUAUACAAAAUUUUAUGGUACACAUGGUGAUGCUGCUGCAAGAAUUGCACAUGACGCCAUUCUAGAGCAUGGCCGUUGGGAGUCGCAGAUAGUAGCCUGGCAAAGACCAAUUCUCGAAGACAAGAGGCUUCCUGAAUGGUAUCCCAUUACUCUCUUUAAUGAGCUAUAUUAUCUUAAUUCAGGGGGGACUAUCUGGACAGAUGGAUCGCCUCCGUAUCAUAAUUUAGUAAGCAUUAGGGGAAGCAAGUUUUCCCUUGAUACUUUAGGAGCAGGUCUGAAGAGCGUUGGUGAUGUAACCCAUGAAAAUCGUACUGCUGUUGAUAUUCUUGGAAGGAUGACUUCCGCACUCGAUCAGAUUCAUGCUCCUGUGGCGUCGAACUCAGCUUUUGGAACUAAUUUGCUUCAAGACGGAGAAGAAAAUAUUGGUCAAUUUCUUUAUCUCGAAGGAGUUGAAUACCACAUGUGGAACACUUACGAUGUUCAUUUCUAUUCAUCUUUUGCAUUGGUUAUGCUAUUUCCGAAACUUGAACUCAGUGUUCAAAGAGACUUUGCGGCAGCAGUGAUGAUGCAUGAUCCGAGUAAGAUGCAACUUUUACACGAUGGACAAUGGGCCAGGAGGAAAGUUCUUGGAGCUGUUCCUCAUGAUAUUGGAAUGCAAGAUCCGUGGUUUGAAGUGAAUGCCUAUUGCAUUUAUAACACGGAUCGAUGGAAAGACUUGAAUCCAAAAUUUGUCCUCCAAGUUUACAGAGAUGUGGUUGCCACAGGUGAUAUGAAGUUUGCAAAAGCAGUUUGGCCUUCAGUUUAUGUCGCGAUGGCGUUUAUGGACCAGUUUGACAGGGACGGUGAUGGUAUGAUCGAGAAUGACGGCUUCCCUGAUCAGACAUACGAUAUAUGGUCCGUAUCUGGCGUGAGUGCAUAUAGUGGUGGGCUCUGGGUGGCAGCUUUGCAGGCUGCAUCAGCGUUGGCACUAGAAGUUGGUGACAAAGGUUCUGAGGAUUACUUUUGGGCUAGAUUUCUGAAAGCAAAAGUUGUGUAUGAUAAAUUGUGGAAUGGUUCUUACUUUGAUUAUGACAAUAGCGGUAGUAAAAAUAGCUCGUCUAUUCAGGCUGAUCAACUGGCCGGGCAAUGGUAUGCACGAGCAUGCGGACUUUUUCCAAUUGUUGACGAAGACAAAGCAAAAAGUGCGCUAGAGAAGGUUUAUAAUUACAAUGUCAUGAAGGUGAAGGAAGGAAAACGAGGGGCUAUAAACGGAAUGCUACCCGACGGGAGACUUGACCUAUCGUCGAUGCAGUCUAGAGAGAUAUGGUCAGGCGUCACAUAUGCUGUUGCUGCGACAAUGAUUCAGGAAGAUAUGGUGGACAUGGCCUUUAACACUGCAAGUGGUAUCUAUGAAACUGCUUGGUCUGAAAGGGGACUAGGAUACGCUUUCCAAACCCCGGAAGCUUGGAACAAUCUUGACGAGUAUCGAUCACUCUGUUAUAUGCGUCCUUUGGCCAUUUGGGCAAUGCAGUGGUCUCUGUCAAGACCAAAACUUGAAAAACAGGAAAUGAAAAUGGAAGUAAAUGAAGAUGAUCUGCUUCAACACCAUGCCGGAUUCAGUAAAGUCGCUCGUUUCCUAAGGCUGCCGGAAGGGGAAGAGUCUCUCGGUCUUCUCCAAUCUUUGUUUGACUAUACCUGUAAGAAAUUGGGUUAUAUAUGAUCGCUGUAUAUCAUUGUUAAAAUUAAUAUUUGCAUAUAAUAUGAACCACAGGUACUUUUGUCGCAA